UCAGUUUGAGACUGAAACAGGCUUUCCAGAAAUAUAGGAUACGGCCAAGGUUCCUAAGGGAUGUGUCGAAGAGGGACUUGAGCACCGUUAUUUUAGGCGAGAGGAUUUCGAUGCCUUUGGGGGUUGCACCGUCAGCUAUGCAGCGCAUGGCGCAUCCCGAUGGCGAAUGCGCGAACGUGAAGGCUGCGGAAGCAGCUGGCACGAUCUACGUACUGUCAACGUUGUCAACAAGUAGCAUCGAGGAAGUGGCGGAAGCGGCGCCGAAAGGGAUAAAAUGGUUCCAGCUGUACAUAUACAAGGACCGUGACGUUACCAUGAAUUUGGUGAGACGAGCUGAACGUGCUGGAUUCAAAGCACUCGUCCUCACCGUUGACGCGCCACUGUUUGGGGACAGGCGGGCUGACGUUAAGAAUAAAUUCACACUGCCAGGCCACUUGAGAUUAGGUAACUUCGAGGGAGAGCUGUCGAACAAAGUAAACUCAGCGGACAAGGAAUCAGGUUUGAACGAGUACGUGAAGAGCUUGUUCGACGCCUCGUUGUCGUGGGACGAUGUGAAAUGGUUGAAAAGUAUCACGAGCUUGCCAAUUGUUUUGAAAGGUAUCCUAACCCCUCAGGAUGCGCUGUUGGCCGUCGAAAGCGGCGUGAAAGCCAUCGUUGUUUCGAACCAUGGCGCUCGUCAGAUUGACGGUAUACCUGCGCCGAUCGAAGCUUUACCGGAAAUCGUCAAGGUUGUCAACGGAAAGCUGGAAGUUUACAUGGACGGAGGCGUGAGGCAAGGCAUCGACGUCUUCAAGGCGCUAGCCUUGGGCGCCAAAAUGGUGUUCGUCGGCAGGCCAAUGUUAUGGGGUCUCUUUCACGCGGGCGAGAAAGGGGCGCGCGACGUUCUCGAGCUUUUCAGGAAGGAGAUCGACUUGGUGUUCGCGUUGUCGGGUUGCAGAACGGUGAACGACGUGACUCGGGACAUGGUGAAGCACGAGUCCUACUUCAGUCAUCUGUAAUCUCGAUGUGUACCUUACUCUUCUAUGUUGCCAAUAAAGUAGUUUAAAAGGACGAAUGGUUCUCAAGGAAAUCAUUGUAUAGCCUCGUAACCAAGCUCGAGAUACACCGGAUGUUACCGGUAGAACAGAUGAUCGCAGCUGGAUUUGCAACGGAUGGCGAACAAGGAUCAGAGUGUACUUCACAAUAUUGGCGUUUUUAUUGAAUAUCUUUUGUAUAUUCUUCUUUGUAUACAUAUAUGCGUGUGCGCGGGGCACACAUAUCACAAUUUGCAGGCGUACUGACGCGCACACGCAUCGAAAGUGAUCCGCGUUAUUCGCAAAACGGAACAGAUUGACUAUGACACGCAAUCGGAACAUGCAGCAGAGUAAUCGGCCCUCUGUGUACACUUAAUACGCGAAAAAUACACCGUUGGCUCUCUCUGAUCCACUUCUCUCUUGGCAAAAAAUAAAUCCAUCUCUCUCUCUCUCU